AUGGCAACAAAACACAACCCAGACCCCAAUAAUCCCACAUCCAAAGAAGGGAAACGCAUGGCUCUUGAGCUGAAACAUGAACACAUGCUAGCUGAAGCUAAGAAAGCAGCUGAGGAGAGGAAACGGGCACGCUCUGUAGGAGACACUUUACAGUCCCCUAAAAGGGGCUGUGUAGGACGUGGCAAGCCGAGAGGGAGGCGUGGAGGGCGACGCCAAGGCUCAGCUACAGUCACAUCCCCCCCGACUGAGGGCUUCCAGUCAUCCAGUGUGGAGGUUCUGCGUACUGAACCUUCAGCACAACAUGAAUUUGAAAAGAAUAUGGAGAGACUCUCUGACAUUCUUUCCUCAUGUCCUCCUCCUGAGCCUCAAAGAAGCUCUGCCUCAUCCUGGUCUUUUCGGCAGCAGAAAGCCUCAGAGCGCUGGAAAGAAGCGAGACCACACCACCUACAAUGCCUUCUAGAAAAAGAGGCUGUUGGUCAUCCCCUGUGUGGCCUCUGCCACGAGCCGGCUGUUAUUAGGUGUAGAGAGUGUCUCCCCGAGGAGUGGUUCUGUGGAGACUGUGAUGUACUUCAUCACAAGAAACAGCCACUCCACAACAGGGACAGUUUAAUUAAUGGGUUUUUUAAACCAAUUAGUCCAACAACGUGUGUUGUUAGAGUGGAAGGUGGAUAUGACACCCAUGACCAAGGUAUGCUCUCUCAAACUUGCAUUUUGAUGUUCACAUGUCUCUUCGGCCAGCAGAUAAUGGUAAUUAGUGCUUUUUUUUUUUUUUUGACAGCUUGCAUAUUGCCAACUGUGAAGGCACCCAACUGCUCCUGUAAAGGCAACAACUUCACUGUGGUACCAGGCAAACCAGUGAUUUUAAUUACCAUCAAUGGGCGUUAUGACUUGCAUCUGCCACUAUAUGUCUGUCAAACUUGCCAGCAGCAGUGGACCCCCGACUUGAAAUGUGAAAGUUAA